UAAACUUAAUGGCCCUAUUAAUCCAUAGAUCAGAGUAUGAUUAAAAAAGCUGCUGCUGAGACUGGUAAACAUGUCAGUGCUGCUACUACAGCAAGGCCGCUGGUACAAACACUGCCUUUAAGGACUACUGUUAAUAACGGAACUGUGCUACCAAAGAAACCAAGUGGCUCUUUACCUUCUCCAUCAGGAACCAGGAAAGAAACUGUAUCACCAGCAGCAAAAAGUACUGUGAAGAGAACCAGCUCUGCUGAGCGUGUGUCCCCAGGAGGCCGGAGGGAAAGCUAUGGAGAUUCCAAAGGGAGUCGCAACCGCACUGGAUCCACCAGCAGCUCAUCCAGUGGUAAAAAGAACAGUGAAAGCAAACCCAAGGAGCCAAUGUUCAGUGCAGGGAAGCGCCGUGUGACACACUGCAAAGAGGAAGGAUAUGUAAAAAUGUUUCUUCGUGGACGUCCUGUUACCAUGUACAUGCCCAAAGAACAAGUGGAAUCUUACAAUUUGGAAGCAAAAGUAGAACUACCAGCCAAGAGGCUUAAACUGGAAUGGGUCUAUGGAUAUCGGGGUCGGGACUGUCGCAGUAACCUGUAUCUUCUUCCGACGGGUGAAACUGUGUAUUUCAUCGCAUCUGUAGUUGUGUUAUUCAACGUUGAAGAACAACUUCAGAGACAUUACACUGGUCAUAAUGAUGACGUGAAGUGCCUGGCUGUCCAUCCUGACAGGAUCACUAUUGCAACAGGUCAAGUUGCAGGUACAUCCAAGGAUGGAAAACAAUUACCACCACAUGUACGUGUUUGGGAUUCUGUAACUCUGAACACACUGCAUGUCAUUGGAAUGGGUUUUUUUGACCGAGCUGUCACUUGCAUUGCUUUUUCUAAAUCUAAUGGAGGAAGCAGCCUUUGCUCAGUGGAUGACUCAAAUGACCACGUGCUUUCUGUGUGGGACUGGCAGAAGGAAGAAAAGCUGGCAGAUGUGAAGUGCUCUAAUGAGGCUGUAUUUGCUGCAGAUUUUCACCCCACUGAUACAAAUAUAAUAGUUACUUGUGGAAAAUCACAUCUUUAUUUUUGGACACUAGAAGGGAAUUCCCUUAUUAAAAAGCAAGGAUUAUUUGAGAAACAAGAGAAGCCAAAGUUUGUCCUGUGUGUGACCUUUUCUGAAAAUGGUGAUACUAUUACAGGAGACUCGAGUGGAAACAUUUUGGUUUGGGGGAAAGGCACCAACAGAAUAAGCCAUGCGGUUCAAGGGGCACAUGAGGGUGGAAUAUUUGCACUCUGCAUGCUGCGAGAUGGCACGCUGGUGUCAGGAGGAGGAAAAGACCGAAAGUUAAUAUCUUGGAAUGGAAAUUACCAAAAACUUCACAAAACUGAGAUUCCAGAGCAAUUUGGUCCAAUAAGAACAGUGGCUGAAGGAAAAGGUGAUGUUGUGCUAAUAGGAACAACCAGAAAUUUUGUCCUACAGGGGACACUGUCAGGAGAUUUUUUCCCUAUAACCCAGGGUCACACUGAUGAGCUGUGGGGACUUGCAGUCCAUUCCUCUAAACCUCAGUUCUUCACUUGCGGACACGACAAACACAUUACCCUCUGGGAUGCUACGACUCAUCGUCCUAUCUGGAACAAGAUUAUAGAGGAUCCAGCACAGUCUUCAGGUUUUCAUCCUUCAGCAGCUGUCGUUGCAGUAGGGACGCUAACUGGAAGGUGGUUUGUGUUUGACACAGAAACAAAAGACUUGGUCACUGUACACACAGAUGGAAACGAACAGCUGUCUGUAAUGCGUUACUCACCAGAUGGAAAUUUCCUGGCAAUAGGUUCCCACGACAACUCUAUUUAUAUAUAUGGUGUGAGUGAAAAUGGAAGAAAGUACACUAGAAUUGGCAAGUGUUCGGGUCAUUCCAGCUUCAUUACUCAUCUGGAUUGGUCUGUUAACUCACAAUAUCUUGUGUCUAAUUCGGGGGACUAUGAAAUCCUGUAUUGGAUCCCCUCUGCUUGUAAACAAGUAGUGAGUGUUGAAACAACAAGAGAUAUAGAAUGGGCCACGUACACCUGUACUUUAGGAUUCCAUGUUUUUGGUGUAUGGCCUGAAGGUUCGGACGGAACAGAUAUCAAUGCUGUUUGCCGAUCACAUGGGAGAAAACUGCUGUCAACUGGGGAUGAUUUUGGCAAAGUACAUCUCUUCUCAUACCCGUGUUCACAGUUUAGGGCUCCCAGCCAUGUGUAUGGUGGACACAGUAGUCAUGUAACUAACGUAGACUUCCUCUGUGAAGAUACCCAUCUCAUCUCCACAGGUGGAAAAGAUACAAGUAUUAUGCAGUGGCGAGUCAUAUAGAAGAAACAUCUGUGUGAACGUACGCAGUUGAAUCGACCAUGCACAGAACUUCUGUAUAAACUGUAUAUUUAAAACUUAACAGUAUGUUUGCAGUUUAGCCUGGUCACUGUGAUUUUUGUUUAAAAAAUUCUUACAAACCUCAGGAAAAUUAAGCCCUGUGCUGGUUACUUUACUCAGUUUAGUGAUUUUUUUUUUCAUUGUUGUCACACCUUAAGAAUGAUUGUUUUUCAUUUGUGUACAAUAUACAAUGCAGUACAAGUUUAAUAUUAAAACGUGGCUUGACAGUUUGCAAUGCAGUGGUAUCAGCAGAAUGUGACUAUCUUAAAUGUUGUCUAUAAACACUGCUAAAAUGGUCACAAAAAUGCCUUUCAAAAACUGUAUAUAUGUGCUUGUUUCACUAUCUACACUUUGUACUGUAUAUCUACUUAUUUAGAAAAAUCUUUGGCGAUGUCAAGGUACUGAAUUGCUUCUGAUAGAGGAUGAUGAAUCGAUACAAAAAGUAUAAAGAAGAUGCAAGCAGUAGUGUUCUUGAUCUGCAAAUGUGAAUGCUGGCAAAUGUACGUUCUCUUGGGAGUAGCAGACUUUGAGUACCACCUGUGAAGAGUUAUAUUCCUUUUCAGAGGAGUGAAGCAGCAGAUAAUGUCCUGGUUUGAGCUGGCUAUCUUAGCAGGGUUUACAGAUGGCUUUUGUGGUUCAGGUAUUCCGGAGAAGUUUCAAUUAAAAAUCUUUUUACUUGUAUAUGACAAAUUUCUUUUUGCAAAUGAAACAAAAAGCUUGACCACAUCCCCAUUAUCGGUUGAUAUAUUUAACUAAUAUGUAUAUUAAUCAGCAUGAUGCUAUAUUGUACAUGUAUAAGAUUUUAGCAGUUCAUAACAAAUGGUAAGGCAAUCCAGCUUUACUUUUUUAUGCUUAUGGAUAUUGUAUAUUUGUAUUUUAAGACCAAGUAGACCAAGUCUAAAGAUAUCUUUUUAAGUGUACCAUAAACCUGCAUAGGGUAAAGGAAGUCUUCAAACCUACAUGAAAUAUUAAUGUGUAACUUCUGGCCCCUGUGUUUUGUGCAUGGAUGGAUAUUUAUAGUACGAAAUAAGAUUGUGUUUUGCAAUGAAGUAAUAGUGGAGGUGGUAUAAAAUGGUUAAAAAGGCCUUAUCAAUGGUGAUUGUGACACAGAUUGAAAUGUAUUGUUUACUUUGAGGAAUGUAUCUGAAGAAUUUUAAGAGAGAGGAGUCUUCAGUGGACUCAAAAGAUAUUAAAAUUUUGCUCGUAAUGGACGCGUUAAUUCUCCGAACUCUAAAGCACUGGUUGUUUAGAGUGAUUUAAAUGAAAUGGAAUCAAUAAAUUUUGAAGCUUUUUUUUAUUACAUCUCCAACCUCCUACACUGAAAGUGCAGGACACCAAUAAACAUGUAUUAAAAUGAA